AUGUCAGCCCUCCCCAAAUUCAGAGAAAUGCUCGAAAAUGCUGCAAUCCAAGGCUACGGAUGCCAUGGACAAAAGUGCCAAUUUGUUCCAAAUUCGGCUCUCGAUCACAUCAUGACCUACGAAGCCAUCUUCCGAGCUCUACAAGAAAUUCCCAGCUUGGAACCCCACGUCAUCCCAGCAUACACAAAGCACAUCGAAAGCAAAGCCCAGAAAAUCUUCGCAAUCCUCUUGCUGAUGAAUGCAGAGAGAUCAAUAGCGGAUUUCCUGCAGCAGGACCUAGGGGACGCAAAGCUGCCUCUCAAAUUCUCCGCAGAUGUCGACAGCUCGGUCUUAGAUACCGCAGGGCAACGUCUAUUCACGGAGCAGCAAUGGCGAUUCCUGGCGCCGGAGUUCACGGUCGCACGAUCUUCGAUCAGUAGAAUUUUCCCAGAGGAGACAAUACUGCCAUUUACGGGGCAAGAAUCGCUGAGCAAGGGCAGUUCGGGGCAAAUCUCCAAGAUAUGGAUCCACCCGUCUCACCAGGACUUCCUCUCAGACAGCCGCGCUUCUGGCACUCAACAGUGUGUCUUCGCCCUCAAGAGAAUUGAGCCCAACCGCACCCACGCUCGUGAACGCAAAGCCUUCACAGCAGAAACCCGGUCGUUGAGCAUGUUACUCAAGCUCCGCCACUCCAGCAUCGUACAACUCCUAGCAGCCUUCUCUCACGGGUCCACAUACAAUUACAUAUUUCCCCUGGCGGACAUGGAUCUCGAAAGCUUCCUGCACCGCUCCCCGCGGCACCCAGAAUUUACGGACGACAGAAGCAUCUUCCGCGCCAUGGCAGGCGUAGCGAGCGCGCUGGAAAACAUUCAUGAUUUCGUGUACAGGGAGCAAGACCUGCAUGUGUCGAAGAUCGGGUUCCAUCAUGAUUUGAAGCCCGAGAACAUCCUCGUCCGCGGCCGCGGGUUCCUGAUCACGGACUUUGGGCUAUCGAGGUUCUGUGAUAAGGAUGCGUUGGAAAAGGUUGGGUGGGUUGGAGGUAACGAGACUUAUGCGCCCCCUGAGGUAGAUCCUGAGUUUCGCGAUUGUGGGGGUGGGGAUGUUGACAGUUGUGCGGUGGAUCUAUGGGCUUUCGGCUGUAUUCUGAUUGAGGUUGUGGUAUUCAUGCUAGGAGGGCCAAUUGGUUUGGACCAAUUCAGAGAUUGUAGACUCACCUGGUACUGUCGGUCAAGGGAUGACUGCUUCCAUCGCGGGAAGGCCCUGAAGCCGGAAGUUGUUACUGUGAUUGAGAGAUAUCGGCAGAUGUCCAGUCUCGGAGGGUCUGCGGCACAGAGCCUGGAUCUUGCAUGUCGAUUGUUGAAUUUUGAGCCAUCAAAACGUCGGGAUAUCCAAUUAGCUGUAGAAACAGCUCGGAUUGCUUCCAAUGCUCAGUAUUGUAGGGCUAGUGAGCUCUUGGGGAAGCGAAACAGGAAUCUUGAUAUGCGCUUACACAAGGCAGCAGCAGCAGGCGACGUGGACGAAGUCAGUAGAUUAAUUCAAGGGGGCGUAAGUGUCAUGGCAAAAGACGAAAAUUGGAGAACAGCACUGCAUUGGGCAGCACUGUGCAAUCAAGGUGCAUCGCUAAGGCAAUUGUACGAAAGCACAAAUGCAGAGGAUCGAGAACGCUUGAAUAAGGAGAGGGAUAGUCAAGGCCGAACUGUACUAAGUCUUGCUACUCAAUAUGCGAAUGUUGUUACCGUCAGAACAAUAUUGGAGGAGGCCAGCGGUCAGGAAAACUUGGGAGAUCUCGUAAGUCAAUGUGAUGUAUUUGGCAUGUCCCCACUCCAUUUAGCUUGCCAAGCAAGAGACUAUGAGAUAGUUCGAGAUCUUCUAGAAGGAAUUCCGGAUGGGAAGGAACGAUUUGACAACAAGAUGUUGAAGGACGACAGGGGGAUGACAGCGCUGCAUUAUGCUGCCCAGAAUCCUGAACGGGAGACCGUGUUGCUGCUUCUGGCUGAUGGAGGAGAGGUGCUCAACGUUCAGAAUGGCAUGGCCAUCAGGAUGGUCAAUGACUGCAACGAUGAUGGCUUGACUCCUCUUAUGCUCGCCGAAGAGAAUGGUUGCACCUAUGUAGCAUCGCUGCUACAUGACAUAGCGGGAGCAGACCACGCGAUGGACAAGAUUGACCCACUGAGAACAGGACGCUAA